AUGGCUUCUUCGAUCAUCACACUCUCCUGCCUCUUCCUCCUCUCUCUGUUAUCUCUCUCCACCGCUUUAUCAUCUCUCGAUCUCCACCGUCCAUCUCUCGCCACCGAUGACGUCCACGAUCUCCUCCCGCGCUACGGAUUCCCCAAAGGUCUUCUUCCCGAUAACGUCAAAUCGUACACUCUCUCCGACGCCGGAGACUUCACCGUCGACUUAAACACUCCCUGCUACGUCGAUUUCCCCGGUCAAACCGUUUUCUACGACAAGAAGAUCGCCGGGAAGCUCAGCUACGGAUCUGUCAAAGACGUCGAAGGAAUCAAAGCUAAAGAAUUGUUCAUCUGGGCAUCGAUCACAGCCAUGAAGUCGAAUCCAGGCUCUGGAGAGAUUGUCUUCUCCGUCGGAUUCGUAUCCAAGUCUUUACCGAAGUCUAUGUUCAAGGAUGUUCCGUCUUGCUCCAAGAAACUGAGUCUUGAAGCUUAA